GCUCACCACAGCGCAGUGUGGCUGCCCGACGCAUCAUACAGAUAACAACAGGCAGCCAAACAGUAAAGAUGGACGACCUCCAGCCCGGCGUCCGCUGCGAGGUCCGUUACGGGGCGACGCCCGACUUUCGAGCGGCCACCAUCACGGCCAGCGACGGCACGCGGCUCGGCGUCACCUACGACACCAACGAAGAGGAGCAGAACGUCGAAAGACGGCGCGCGCGGCUGCCCGGCCAGCGCCAGCGCAAGGUUCUCGCGAAGGGAGACGCCGUCGACGCGCGGCACGGCUCCGGGGAAGUGCGCGCUGCUACCAUAAAGAAUAUAGAGGGCGACACGCACACCAUCGUCUUCGACGAUGAUACGACGCAAGAGCUCGAACGGCGCUACGUCUUUGGAGAGUGGCGCGACGAACCGCUCGCGGAGGGAACCAAAAUAGAGUGCCGCUACCGCGACACGGCGACCUUUUACCCGGGCGCCGUCGCGAAAGCCAACGACGACGGCACGCACGAUAUUACCUAUGACGACGGCGAGGCGGAGGCCGGCGUCAUACUCCGAAGGCUGCGGCGGCCCGGCCAGCAGCAACCAGAAAACGUGGACGCGGGUUCGAGGGUCGACGCGCGGCGGCCCGACGGCGGCGCCGUGUCCCCGGCGACGGUCCUGGGGCGGGAGAAUACCACGUAUACGAUACGCUUCGACGACGGCGUCGAAGCGGACGUACAACGGAAGCACGUCUUCGCGGCGCACGUCAACGCCAACGAAGGGGCCGCCGACGACGCGACGGCCGCCGUGGCGCGACACGACGAAGGGACCGGCACGGUGCUGGGCGCUUCUCGCUCCCAACGGCGCCUGCUCGAGGACGCGGCCGCGACGGGCCGCCUCUCGCCGCAGCGGCCGGAAGACGCCGCGCCGGCGCCGGCGCCGGCGCCGGCGCCGGCCGUCGUCCCUCAGACGCCGGCCGUCGCACCGCGGGCCGCAAUGACGACACCCGGCGGCACGCCCAUCACGCAGAACAUGAGAAUAGAGUGCCGCUUUGGCCUCACGCCGACGUUCUACCCCGGAAGAGUGGAGGCCAUCGCGGAGGACGGCACCUACGAAAUCGUGUACGACGACGGCGACCGGGAAGUCGACGUGACGCGGAGACGUCUACGCCUGCCGGACCAGCGCCAGCGUUUGGAGCUGCAGCCCGGCGACGCCGUCGACGCGCGCGCGGACGACGGGAAAGUCAGACCGGGCUGCAUCUCGGGCAAGCGCACGGACGUGUGCACGAUCGACGGCGAGGACGUGGCGACGACCUUGUACGAAGUCGCCUUCGAGGACGGAAACGUCGGAGAACAUCUGGAGCGGCACUUCAUCUUCGGCGACUUCCACGACGGGCCCACGCCGUCGUCGGGCCCGCGCCUGGACGUGGGCACGCCGGUGACGGCCCGGUACCGCGGCGGCGCGCAGCGCUAUCCGGGUAAGAUCGCGGCCGUGAACGACGACGGCACGUACGACGUCCGUGCGCCGGCGUCGAUGUGUCGCCUUACGCCAAUGACAAACCCCCACGCAGGUCGCGUACGACGACGGCGACGCCGAGGCGGCCGUGGCGGCGGCCUUCGUCGAGGCGACGCUCGCCGCGGACGACGCUGUCGCCGCGGAAGACGCCUUCCGCGAGGGCGACGCCGUCGAGGCCGACUUCCGCGGGCGCGGGCGCUACUACGCCGGGAAGAUCACGUCCGUAAGGGAGGAUGGGUCCUACGACAUUCUGUACGAGGACGGCGACGCCGAGGCGUGCGUGGCGCCGGAGAGCGUCCGGCGCCGGAGCGAGGAGAGCGCGCCAGAGGUUGCCCGGCCGGAAACGGGAGAGCCGGCUUUCAGUGUCGGCGACGCGGUCGACGCGAGGUACCGCGGCCGCGCGAAGACCUACCCCGGCGCUAUUGAAAAGGUCCACGAGGACGCGACCUACGACAUUCUUUACGAAGACGGAGAGCGCGAGGCGCGCGUCGCCGAGGCGUUGAUCUCAAAGCGCUCGUUAUUUGCGGUCGGCGCCGCCGUCGAGGCGAAUUAUAGGGGAAAGGGCACGUACUACCCGGGCCAGAUCACGGCGUUGAACGACGACGGCACGUUCGGCGUGCUCUACGACGACGGAGAGGGCGAGCUCGGCGUGCCCGCCGCGCUCAUCCGCUCCAAAACCGCAGCAGCUCCGGCCCCGGCCCCGGCGCCCUCUCCGUCCAAGAAGCGCCCCCAGACGCCCAAGGAGCCGCUCGACGAGUCGAACGCACCGCUCAGCCCGGGCAUGGCCGUCGAAGCCAGAUUCCGGGGCCGCGGCAAGAUUUACAAGGGCAAGCUCCUCCAGCAGAACGAGAACGGCAGCUUCAAGGUCAUGUACGACGACGGCGACGUGGACGAGGAGCUGCCGCGCGAGAUGGUGCGACCCAUCGCCGGCGCGCCGCGCCAGCCCCUCGCGCCGACGACCGACGACGGGCCCGCGGCCGAGGUCGAGCCCGCGCAGCCGGCCGCGCGCGUCAACUCCUCGCUUCAGGGGCCGUCGGCCGUCGCCACUCCCGUCGCCGCGACGCAGCCGGCCGCGCGCGUGAACUCGGCGCUCCGCGGACCAUCGACCGCGGUCGCGGAGCCCUCGCCCGCGCGGACGAGCGUGGCGCCGGCGGCCACGGAAAAGCCGGCACCUGCGACGCCCUCCAAGAAAGCACAAAGAAGGCGCCCGAAGCCCACGGAGAGCGCCGAGGGCGACGCCUUAAAAGUGAUGCGCCCGGCCGGCGCGCGGGGCGGCGGCGGCGCGGGCGGCGUCGUCUUCCUGCCGGGCGGCGCCGUCGCCGUCCAGGCGCACCGGAGCCGCGCGUGCCUGUGGCUGCCCCGCUCGGCUGCCCACAUCGGCGACGUCGCGGGCCACGCGGGCCGCGUCCUCGCGGUGGCCGCCUGCGCCUGCAAGGACGUCUACCACACGACGGGCCGCGUGCAGGACGAAAUCGUACUGCUCACGGGCGGCUCCGACGGCGCGGCCUGCCUCUGGCGCCUGUCGCCGGGCCCCUGUCCGCCGGGCGACGACGGCGCCACCGUGGAAUGCUGGCAGAAGGCGUUGCACAAAGCGGCCGCCAAGGACGGCAACGCGAAGCUCCCGAAGACCGUGCGACUCGCUGGCGACGACGACCCGGCCACGGACGCCGCGCCGACGGCGGUCACGCCCGUCGUUCGCAAGCCGGCGCUCAAAUUCGUACAUCCGCGGGGCGCCUGGGUCCUGGCCGUGGACAUUUCGACGCGGGGCCCGCCCGGGCUCCUGGCCGCGACGGCCGCGACGGACGGCAUUAUUAGGCUGUGGGACGCGACGCGCGGCGGCGCGCCGGUCCGCCUGCUCGCGGGCCACAGCUGGUACGCCACGGCCGUCGCCUUUCGCCCCGGCAGCUCCGAGCUCGCGUCGGCCUCGAUGGACAAAACUAUCAGGUUGUGGCGCUACGAGGAGGAGGAGUCCGUUGGCGCGCCUUCGCCGUCGUUGCACGACGAGUCGACGGCGGCGUCGUCGGCGCCUCUCCAACUGCUCGACGACGACGACGACGACGCCGAAGGCAGCAGCACGGAGACGCCGCUGGCGCCCGCGCCGCAUGUGUUGCUGCGACUGGACGCGGCCCCGAAGGCGCUCGCGUGGACGCGGGACGGUUCGCUGCUGCUGGCCGGGGGCGAUGCGCCCGCACCAAUCCGCUUCGACUGCCGCGGCGGCACACCAAUGAGACUGGCCGAGCUCCCGGGCGCCGGCCACCGCGGCGCCGUCGUCCAGAUCGCGGUCGCGGCGGACGGGUCGUCGGCCUGGACCGCGUCGCAGGAUGGUUCUUGUCGAUGCUGGGCCCUCGGCGAUAAUGAUGAUAGGGGCGGUUUGGUGCAUGCGCUAAACUGCGCGCGCACCGGCGGGCGCGUCGUGGGCGUGGCCGUCGACGAAGCCGCCUUGGGCUUGGACGCGUACGGUGAGCGGCGGGCGCGCCAACGCGUCGCGACGGCCACGGCCGACGGUGCAUUGCGCCUCUGGCCGGCGCCGCAGAGUGCCGUAUCCGAGGCGGACGCGAAACUCAUAGAGGUCGCCGCGAACGGUGACGAGGCCCUCUCCAUGGUCUCGGCGGCGCUGCUCAAGGGCGGCGACGGUAAUUCGGACGUGGACGCGGCCGCCGCCGCGUCGGGUCUCCUCCCGAUCGUGCGGGCCGUCGCGCGCCGCGUGCCGCGCAAGGCGCCGUGCUACGUCGGCAAGGGCGCCGCAGCGGAAAAACGGGACGCGCGAAUGCGCGACCUCGCCGCGACGGCGGGCGCGGCGCAGCGCUUGGCCUUCGCCGCUGUUUCGGAAGGGAAGAACGCAGCGGCCGUGGCGCGCGCGGCUGUGCAGGAGCGGGGAUUACUUAGAGCGGCCUGCGAGGCCGUUUCAAGUGUGGACGGCGGCGGCGUCGACCAGUUGAUGAAGGCGGCGCUGGCCAACACGAGCGAACGGACGCCCGCGUCCCCCUGAAUAACUACUACUAG